UCCAAAUAUGUCAUGGUUUCAAUACUCUUUAUAGGAUUUGCUCUGUUGUUUGUCGGUGGGCGGUGCGAUGUGUGUCGUGACCUUGACCCCACGGGAUGCGCGAGUCUGAUUGCAGCAAACAGCAGCCUGUGUCAGGAGGAGGUAUUUGCUUAUGCCGCAUGCAAGAGGACGUGUGGAUUAUGUCCAUUGACGUGUUACCAUUGUGAAGAUCCACUAACGGACGUUCGAAGUUGCACGGCGACGAAACUAUGCGAAAAGGGAGAGCAAUGCAUGAUGAGUGAGGUAUCGUCUUCGAGAGAUGGACACCGCGAAUACCGACUCAAUUGUGCCUCAGAUGUGAUGUGUGACGGCAGUAUGAUAUUUUCCCCAAUUGGUCGCCGCGAUAUAUCCUCUCACUGUUGCAGCGUGGACCUAUGUAACCUGCCCGUUUCCGGGGUAACAACAACGACAAUGGCGUUCUCACCGACUCCAUCUGCGACAAAAGCUCCAUCAUGUUUACGUGACAUCUACAUUUUGGUAGAAGGAUUCGUAAAUAAUGAUACGACAAGGGACAUGCUCCUCUCGCAGUUUUUAUAUAAAAUGGCCUCAGCCCUUCCCGCAGAUAGCCGAACAAGUCUAGCGCGAUUCGAUCGGGACAUACAUUUCCUGAUAAAUUUUAACGAUUCAGCACAAAUACUGAACUUGGCUAACAACACUGGUCCUUUGUUCAAUUCUCACCAUUCGUUUCUCGACUACGAUAGGGUUAUGCAUGAUCUUAUAAAUAUUCUCCAACAUCAACACAAUGGUGCAAAAGCUAAUGCUGUCCUGCUUAUUACUAAUGAAAGAUCGGACGAACGGCAUCACAGUCAUUUUCACGUACAAGGGUCAAACUUUGAUGGGUUAGCAUCAAGCGUUACGGUGAUUGACGUAGGAAAUCGUAACCCAGCUCUUGCCUCAAGUUUCGCAACUGACCCUAACCAUGAGAAAGCAGUGACUACCUAUCAGGGGCUGAUGAGUAUUGUUCCUGAAGUUGUCUCACUAUUGUGCUCCUAGACAUUCUAGAUGUGUACGUUUAAAUGCAUUUUAUA